AUGUCCCACUCUAGGCCUUGCUCUUCAGUGGAGCCCUCGCUUAGUUUCGAUGUUAACAAGACGUCUGACGUUUUCUUGAGCUUUCGCGGCCCAGACACCCCCCAAGGGUUUGUGAGAAGACUGUACAGUGCUCUUGAUCGUGAAGGCAUUAGCACAUUCUUAGACGAAGAAAGCUUAGAGAAGGGCGACCAUAUCCCUUCUUGUUUGGAAAGAGGAAUCCAGGAAAGUAGGAUCUGCAUUCCUAUUUUCUCCAAAAGAUUUCCGAAGUCAAAAUGGUGCUUGCAAGAGGUGUUGCUUAUGGUUAAAUAUGGGCUUAAAAUCUGUCCCCUGUUUUAUGACGUUUUACCUAAGGAUCUUAGGUGCUGGAAUGGAAGUGAAUAUGCAGAGUACUUCAAGCAGCAUGAAAGCCAGCAAAGAUUAUCCUCCGAGUUAAUCCUUGAAUACAAAAGUGCAUUAAAGAAUGUUUCCGAUCUACAUGGUUGGUGUUCCAAUCAAUUAAACAACGGGGAUGAUGAUUUGCUGAUUCAACGUGUUGUGGCCGAUGUUAAAAAAAGCUUACAUUCAAACAAAAUGUAUCUGGAUGUUUCAGAAUGCUUUGGUUUGGACGGGUCCGUGAAUAUUCUCAAGAGAUUAUUAAAUGCAGUGGGUCAUCAGAAGAAGAUGGUGAAAGUGGGUUUACAUGGCAUGGGUGGGAUUGGUAAAACCACGCUGGCAAAGGUUGUUUGCAAAGAACUACAAUUCUCACAGUUCCAAGCGUUCUGUUUUGUUCCAAGCGUGGGAGAAAGAUGUCAAGAGGCGAAUGGGCUUGUAAAGCUGCAGAGCCACAUGCUCAAAUGUAUCUCACGGUUCAGAAGUGAAGUAGAUCAUGCUGAUCAAGGCAAGGGUCUGCUACGAGACUGGCUCAGGGGUAAGAGGGUUCUGCUUCUCCUCGAUGACAUUGAAAGUGUUGAGCAGCUCGAAGCUCUCGCGGGAAAUUACAAGGAAUUCGGGGCAGGCAGCUGUGUGAUCAUUACAUCACGCGAUGAACAAAUCCUAAAAGUGGCUAACGUUGAUGUAGUCUACGAGGUACAAAGACUUCCUCACAAUUAUGCCAUGCAGUUGUUUAAUUUGCACGCAUUUCCCAAUUCCUGCUGUCCAGAUCAAGAGCUGCAAACUCUGAGCAGUGAUAUAGUCAGUGCCUGUGAAGGCCUUCCUCUUGCCCUUCAACUUCUUGGGAAAAGCCUGUUUGGUGAAGGGGAUAGAGAUGUAUGGAAAGAAAUGGUAGGAAAGUUAAGGUGUGAACCUAAUCUCCAAAAGAAACUUAGAGUCUCCUACGAUAGUCUUGAUCCUUCAGAAAAGGAAUUGUUUCAAAAUAUUGCUUGUUUUUUUACAUGGAAGAAGAAAGAAAUUGUCAUGAUAUUUUGGGAAGGGUCGAUUGAGAUUCAGAGUCCUCACGCAUCUCUUAGAAGUCUCUUGCACAAGUCCUUGGUAAGCUUGGGCUCUACCAACGAGUUCCUGAUGCAUCGCUGCCUCCGGGAUUUGGGAAGAAGUAUAUCAAAUGAAAUAUCUAGAAAGCCUCGUCAACGCACAAGAGUGUUUGAUGAGAGCGAUGCGCGCCAUGUUUUACGGCGACCCAGCAAAAAGGCCAAGCUUGUGCGUUAUUUUUGGUAUGAGCCCAAGGAGCCGAUGACAUUGAAGGCAGAGAUGUUCAAGUCAAUGUACGACUUGCAAUUGCUUUGGCUUGCAAAUAUUGCCAUUGAAGGGCACUUUUCUGAGAAAUUCUCCUUUAAGGACUUGAGAUGGCUAAGCUUGAGAAAAUAUUCAUCAAAACGGCUACCUCAAGGAAUGAACUUGCGGAAGAAAAUCCAACUGUUAGUACUAGGUCUGUCUAUAAUUACCGCUAGCUUUGGGAAUUUGACUCGGCCAGAAAGGCUAGAGAUUCACCACAAUGAUAAGCUUACCGAGCUACCCGAUAGCUUUGGCGGCCUGAAAUCUUUAGCUCAUCUGGAUGUCAGCUAUUGCCAUUCACUGAGCAGUCUCCCUAAUACCAUGGGAAGCUUAAUCAGCCUAGUCCGUCUCGAAAUGGAAGAUUGCGGCGUUUCUUCUCUGCCUCAAAACUUGUGCAAUCUUGCAAAUCUUCAGGAGCUGAACCUUUCACACUGUCAACAUCUGUCUAAGCUUCCCGCUAAUUUUGGGAAUUUGACACGGCUAGAAAGGCUAGAAAUUCUCCACAUUCCUGGGCUUACAGAGCUACCCGACAGCUUUGACGACCUGAAAGCUUUGGCUUAUUUGGAUGCCAGCUAUUGCGGACUGACAGACAACGGACUACCAGCCACAAUAUCCGAAUUGUGUUCACUGAAAAUCAUACAUCUUGAAGGUAACAGAAUCCGCCGUCUUCCUAGCGGCUUGGAAAAGUUAGGACAACUUGAAGAGCUGCAUGUGGACGAGUGCAGUGAGCUUGUCGUACUGUCGGCGCUUCCAUCAUCGUUGCAACUGCUCUACGCCCGCAACUGUUUCGGUUUGGAGACAAUCUGCUGCCUUCCAGCAUUGCCAAGCCUGAUGACAUUAGACGUUAGCAAGUCCUGCCACCUCACUCACUUGCAUGGCCUGGUAUCGUUGAAGCAAUUAACCACGCUCAAUCUUGUGGGCUGCAGCGGUAUCUUCUCUUGUGGGGUUCUCGAAAGCUGCUUGACUUGUCUCACAGCUCUCGAGUGCGUUUUUGUUGGCGGGCCCGGUGUGUCAUCAUCUCAAUUACAAUUUUUUUACGAUUCCUUCAAGGACUUCUCUUUCGACCAAAAUUGUCUGCUAGCUGAUCUAAAUGCCCCUGUAAAUUGGCUACAAGGGGAGGCAUGUGGACAAGACGGUUAUAGCAUUGAUUAUUGCACGGAGAAGAAUAAAGUUAAGAGUUUUGCUGUUUAUAUUGUUUGUUUAGUCUCCUUUGGCCAAGUCCAAAUGCGUGAGGAUUGUGGGGUAAACCCAGGUAUUAACGGUAUUAACAGGUGUAAAGAUUAG